CGCUAGCGGCCUUCCGGCGGCUGCCCCCGGACUGGGCGGAGGCCCAGCCGGCGCCUCCCGCUGCCCACCGAGACCAGACUCUUUUGGUAACCAUGGCAUCUGGAGAUGACAGUCCAAUCUUUGAAGAUGACGAAAGCCUUCCUUAUAGCCUGGAAAAGAUGUCAGAUCUUGUAGCUGUUUGGGAAGUUGCUUUGAGUGACGGUGUCCAUAAGAUUGAGUUUGAACAUGGAACCACAUCAGGCAAACGCGUGGUGUACGUGGAUGGGAAGGAGGAGAUAAGAAAAGAAUGGAUGUUCAAAUUAGUGGGCAAAGAAACUUUCUGCGUUGGAGCCGCACAGACCAAAGCUACCAUAAAAAUAGACGCGGUCAGUGGCUUGGCUUAUGAGUAUACUCUGGAAAUCAAUGGAAAAAGUCUCAAGAAGUAUUUGGAGAACAGGUCAAAAACCACCAACACCUGGACGUUGCGCUUGGAUGGGGAAGAUGUAAGAGUGGUGCUGGAAAAGGACACAAUGGACGUGUGGAGCAACGGUAAAAAGAUGGAGACAGCAGGGGAGUUUGUAGACGACGGGACGGAAACGCACUUCCGAAUCGGGAGCCAUGACUGCUGCAUCAAGGCUGUGAGCAGUGGGAAAAGGAGGGAAGGGAUCAUCCACACACUGCUCGUGGACAACAGAGAAAUCCCCGAGUUCCUGGAAUGAGCCCACGUGACUGGACCUAAACGGAGGAAGCCAAGAUCAGGACUUGUCAAGGGCUGUGGCAGUUAAACGUGCUCGGUACUGACAUCUUAGCACAUUUAGUCGGCCAGGAUUUUAUUUUUUUAGUUACCGGAAACUGUUAACAUUCCCAGAACCAGGGGGAAUGGGAGUACCCCCCCCAAAAAUUAUGUACAAUCAUAAAAACUGCAAUUUAUUUUGUAAAUAAUGUAAAAUGUUUACUAAAGUGAAAUGAAAAUGAACCCAAAUCACUAAUGUUUUACUAAGAGGCACUUUUACUAGAAUAAACAGCAUAAAAUGAA